UUCAUAUCUAUUUCUUAUUCAUGUCCAAUGCUACUAAUAAUUUGUACCAAAUUUGAAAUACUUGUCUCAAACUGAAACAAUGACAUGCUCAAGUUGCGAAAUUGCCACCACCUUUGACCAGCGUUUGAUUGUUGAAGCUUUUGUUUGUUUGUCCCAUAAGAUGUUUGCAUUUUAGCGCCUCUCACAUUUCCCGGUUAUUUCCAUCUUCAACCAAAGCCCACCCUCAUCUGGGUUUCUUGAUUACAGAAUUUUCGAUUCAAUUUCAUCCUAAUAAGGAUCUGCUUUUUCAGAGAAUUUCAAUAUUCCAGGAUCUCAUCUGCCUUGCUUCUUAAAUAUUAGGUUUAGAUAAUGGAUUCAACAGUGUCAAUACUUGCAAAUGUAGUGGGAGCUACAUCUGAUUGGGUGAGAUCAGUUUUUGAAUUUCAAUUCGCAAGAGCUGUGAUAUUUGAGGUCAACAUUGGAGGACAUCUAUUUGUGGAAGGUCUUCUCCUGAUAGUCAUCCUUUUCCUACUGUCUCAGAAGAGUUACAAACCACCUAAAAGACCAUUGACGAAGAAGGAAAUUGAUGAAUUAUGUGAAGAAUGGGCCCCAGAACCACUUAUCCCUUCCAUCACUGAUGAGAUGAAACGUGAACCUCCGGUUUUAGAAAGUGCUGCAGGGCCUCAUACUAUAGUUAAAAGGAAAGACGUAGUUAACUUUACCUCAGCAAACUACCUUGGAUUAUUAGGAAGCCAAGAAUUACUAGAGACUUGUACUACAGCUCUAGAGAAGUAUGGUGUAGGUUCUUGUGGUCCCCGGGGAUUCUAUGGCACAAUUGAUGUCCACCUUGAUUGUGAGGCCAGAAUAGCAAAGUUUCUGGGAACUCCAGAUUCCAUACUGUAUUCUUAUGGACUUUCUACGAUGUUCAGUGCAAUUCCAGCAUUUUGCAAAAAGGGUGAUGUUGUUAUUGCGGAUGAAGGUGUCCACUGGGGAAUUCAAAACGGCCUUCAGCUCUCUAGAAGUACCAUCAUAUACUUUAAGCAUAACAAUAUGGAGUCCUUACGAAAUACUUUGGAGAAAGUUACCCAAGAAAACAAGCAAGCUAGGAAACUAAGGCGAUAUAUUGUUGUUGAAGCUGUGUAUCAGAAUUCUGGCAAAAUAGCUCCAUUAGAUGAAAUCAUUAAGCUGAAGGAAAAAUAUCGAUUCCGCGUGUUGUUGGAUGAGAGCAAUUCCAUUGGUGUGCUUGGCAGUUCUGGUAGAGGUCUAACUGAACAUUGUAAAGUUCCGUCUGACAAGAUAGAUAUAAUAACUGCGGCGAUGGGACAUGCAUUGGCCACAGAAGGUGGGUUUUGCACAGGGAAUGCUAGAGUAAUUGAACACCAGCGUCUCAGUAGUUCUGGUUAUGUCUUCUCUGCUUCACUGCCUCCUUACUUAGCAAGUGCUACAAUUAAGGCUAUUGAUAUCGUGGAAGAAAAACCUGAACUUCUUGUCAAACUGAGGCAAAAUAUUGCUCUGUUGACUAAAGGUCUGUCAGAUAUAAAAGGCUUAGAGAUAGUCAACGAUCCCCUCUCCCCCAUUAUAUUCCUUGCAUUAAAGCAGUCCACUGGUUCUUCAAAGGGUGAUCUACAAGUACUUGAAGAUAUAGCUGAUCAUGUCUUGAAGGAAGACGGUGUCUUCAUUGUGACUUCAAAGAGAUCCACUCUUGAUAAAUGUAAGCUGCCAGUUGGAAUUAGAUUAUUUGUCUCAGCAGCUCAUUCAGAAGCCGAUCUGGUGAAAGCCAGCGAAUCAUUGAAAAGAGCAACUGCAUCACUACUGCCAGCUCACGAUUGAUAGAAGGAUUUCACUGCUUUGCUCUACGAACAAAUCACUGUGUCAAAGGAGCCAAAAUGUCAUUCAUGGAGGUUCCAACCUUCAUCUAUAUUGCAUCUGUUUUGCCCUUUGCUGGUCUUUCGAUUUUCCAAAUCAAAGCUAUCAAGGAUCUAAACGUUCUUGAGAAUGCACGGCCACAGUUGUUGGUUGAGGCGAAAUCUUCUUCCACUGAAAUGGACUCACAAGUUUUACUUUUGUGAACUAACAAUCUAGAUCUAUUUGAUACUUUUGAUCUACUAUACAGGUGCUCACAAGACUUGCUAGUAUUAUACUUGCCAAUACAAUCAAGAUAUGAAAGUGAUAGCUAUUCAAAAAAUUCAUUUUUUUUCCUA